AUGAAUUCCUUUGUUUGUAAAUAUACGUUGCUAAUAUUUGUAUUGCUGAUCUCGACAAGCAAUGCUGGUGAUUUUGAUUGGUUUCCGCUAUCGAAAUUUUACGUUCGUAUUUACAAUAGUUUAGAUGGAAAUUCGGAUCUUCGAGUUCAUUGCAAGUCAAGAGAUGAUGAUCUUGGAUUGCAAGUACUCCAUCCUAACCAAUAUUUUGAAUUUUCGUUCCGUUCAAACUGGAUUUCCACUUUAUUUUUCUGCGGUAUGACAUGGAAUAAUGGAGAAGUACAUUGGUUUGAUAUUUAUGUAAAUAGUAGAGAUUACAGGGAAUGUGCCCCCAAUUGUUACUGGAAUAUUAAAAAAACUGGACCUUGCCACAGAAAUUAUGAUCAUUCUUGUUAUGAUUGGAACAAGAAGAAAAUAUGA